UUAUCGAUAAAUCUACGGUCACACUAGCGACCACCCAAUUUAAUAAAUAAAAUAAACAAUAUGUCUCGCAAAGAAGCCCUCUCGCAGUUUAUCAACCAAAUCCAUGGUCGCCCCGUGGCCGUGAAACUGAACAACGGCGUGGACUAUCGCGGUGUGCUGGCGUGCUUGGAUGGCUAUAUGAACAUUUGCCUUGAGCAGACGGAGGAGUACGUGAAUGGUCAGCUAAAGAACAAAUACGGCGACGCAUUCAUCCGCGGCAACAACGUCCUCUACAUAUCCACACAGAAACGGAGAGUCUAGCCAUAGAACUUAAGUUUAUUUCAUAAAUACAACCGAAACUCCAUACUUUUCCACUGCA